UUUCGUUUCCGGGACAAUCCUGCGUGGUCCUCAUGUUUGCGGUGGUCAGUGUAUGUCCGCUCACCGUCACUUAAGCAGCUGUGAGUGUUUGCGUGUGGUCGUCCCGGCCACUAAAGCUGAACGCGUGUCCUGCUGUGGGCUCAGAGGAGGCACGACAUGAGGGGCCAAAGCGGCAGCCGGGAGGACGGUCGGCUCAGACGGAGAGUGGAGCAGUAUCUGGCCUCAGUCACCACUGAGGAUGUGGAUCUGUCAGCCAUGGCCCUGGAGCUUCAGAAACUGUACAGGAUGGAUUAUGGCAGACGAAACAAGACCGCCUUCAGGAUUCAAGUAGAGAAAGUGUAUGAAGCAGUCAUUAAGGAUUCUGGGCUGAAUGACCUGGAGAGCAAACACCUGGCUAAGAGAGCCAAGCACAACCACAAUGACACUGGUGAUGAAAGCAGUGGCAGCAGCUCAGUGGAGGCCUCUGACAGUAAUGACCACGCUUUGGAAAGCACUCCCACAAACCACAUGAACAGCUCUCUGUCAUCCCUGUACCGGAAAGGAAACACUGCGACUAGCAGUCCUUGCAGCACGGCCGCUCCUCCUCCUCCAAUGUCAGGGACCCUGGUUUCCAAAGGAGGCUGGUUUAUAGAUAGAGUCCCUGAGAAGCGCAGCAUCGUCAUCGACCUUUGUGAAGAGGAGACAACUAAAAAACCAACAAAUAUUGAUGCGUCCAUGCUGGAGACUGACAAGUCUCACAAGAAGUCCAAAAAAAGGACAAAGACUGCUGAAAGAACUACUGAAACUACUGAUUCUCGCACCCUAAACAAGAAAGCAAAGUCACCUGAGCUGCACUAUCCCACUCUGAAGUUUGAAGACGUAGGAGGAAAUGAAGAGACGUUAAUGGAAGUGUGUAAGCUGCUCAUACACAUGCGUCACCCAGAGGUGUACCAGCAGCUGGGAAUGGUUCCUCCAAGGGGCUUUCCCCACGGACCUCCUGGCUGUGGAAAGACCCUGCUGGCCCAGGCUGUGGCUGGGGAGAUGCACCUGCCCAUGUUGAAGGUUUCUGCUCCUGAGCUGGUGUCUGGAGUGUCUGGAGAGUCUGAACAGAAGCUCAGGGAACUGUUCGACCUUGCUGUGAGCUCAGCUCCGUGUAUCCUGUUCAUAGAUGAGAUAGAUGCCAUCACCCCUAAAAGAGAGGUGGCCUCUAAAGACAUGGAGAGGAGAAUUGUAGCCCAGCUGCUCACGUGCAUGGAUGAUUUGAAUAGGCUGGAAGUCACAGCUCAGGUCCUGGUCAUCGGUGCCACCAACAGACCGGACUCCCUGGACCCCGCGCUCCGCAGAGCUGGGCGCUUUGACAGAGAGAUCUGCAUGGGUAUCCCCGAUGAAGCAGCACGUCUCAGGAUCUUGAAGACGUUGUGUCGAAAGCUGAAGCUGCCGGAGGACUUUGACUACCAGCAGCUGGCGCGGCUCACCCCAGGCUACGUGGGCGCUGACCUCAUGGCUCUGUGCCGUGAAGCUGCCAUGAGUGCUGUAAACAGGGUGCUGCUGGAAAUACGGGGAGCUCCACAGAGCCAAAUCCAGAACUCUGCUGAAGAGCUGUCAGCUAGCGGACCUCUGAGUUUGACAGACAGGAUAGUUGGAGAACAGCAGCCAACCGACGUCAGCCCGAUGCCUCAGGAAGAGCCGGGACAGAGUCAUCAUCAGCAGGGGGAGCUGUGGAGUGUGUUGCACCUGCUGAAGAGCGCUGAACCUCUGCCAGAGGAAACGCUGGCUGGCUUGUCCAUUCUCAUGUCAGAUUUCCAGGUCUCUCUGGCUAGUGUGCAGCCCUCAGCUAAGAGGGAAGGAUUUGCCACCGUGCCUGAUGUCACCUGGGAGGAUGUAGGGGCCCUACAGGAUAUCCGAGAGGAGCUCACCAUGGCCAUAUUGGCUCCAGUGCGUUCUCCGGAGCAGUUCAAAGCUCUGGGACUCAGCGCUCCAUCCGGAUUGCUGCUGGCUGGACCUCCAGGAUGUGGAAAAACACUGCUGGCCAAGGCAGUGGCCAAUGAGUCAGGACUCAAUUUCAUCUCUGUGAAGGGACCAGAGCUGCUCAACAUGUAUGUGGGAGAGAGUGAGCGGGCUGUCAGGCAGGUCUUCCAGAGAGGACGCAACUCAGCUCCUUGUGUGAUCUUCUUUGAUGAGAUCGAUGCGCUCUGUCCACGCCGCUCAGGCCACGAGUCCGGGGCCAGUGUGCGGGUCGUCAACCAGCUGCUUACAGAGAUGGACGGCUUAGAGACUCGACGGCAGGUCUUCAUCAUGGCUGCCACCAACAGACCAGAUAUCAUCGACCCUGCUGUGCUGAGGCCAGGUCGUCUGGAUAAAACCUUGUAUGUGGGUCUGCCACCACCAGCAGAUCGCCAUGCCAUCCUGCUGACCAUCACUAAGGGGGGCACCAGGCCUCAGCUGGAGGAGGAGGUCAGCCUGGAAGAGAUAGCAUUGGAUGAGCGCUGUGAUGCCUUCACUGGAGCUGACCUGACUGCUUUGGUGAGGGAGGCGUCUCUUAAUGCCCUGAAGGCCCACCUGAAGUCCCAGCAUUCCAUAGCUGCAUCUGAUGGCUCCGCUGCUGACAUCAGAGUGAGCAAACCAAACUUUGAGGCCUUCGGGAAGGUUCGGCCAUCUGUGUCCAAAAAGGACCAGAGGAUGUAUGAGCAGCUCAGAGAGUCCCUCAGCAGAUGACCGCCGGAGUAGAAACCAACGUCAGCAGAUCCACUCAUGAUUGACUAGCUGUGAUAUAUUUUCAGUAUUGAAUUAUGACUUCUGAUUUUAUAUUAAAGUGUUUGACAAUUGA